AUGUCGCCAAAAAACACUGUGAUCUUCAUUGCAACGCUAAUGAUGCAGAUCUAUGGUGCAAAUCCGAAUACGUUCACGAAACUUCAAGAUAAUUUCCUUGCAACGAUCAAGUACGAGCUGCCGAAAGAAAGCGAAGAGAUAUGUCUUCGCGCAUGCUUCGAAGAGUCUGACUGCACUUUUGUCCAAUACAACGAGAAUAUGUGCACCAUUUUUGAAAAUGGUGAAGUCAACCAGGUUGGACGCGGCAAUGUAUAUGAGCUUGAUCGGCAACUAGAAUUACCAACAUGCGAGCGUCCUUUACCACUUGCUCCAAAUGUGGAAUUUCAACAACUCCCGGUGCCAACCGUGGCACAGAGCGAGUCUAGAAAGGCGCAGCUGCUUGCCAUGAACACAACUGCAUCGCUGACCAUCAUAGACAGGGUUUCACUGAACGGUUCCUGGUUCUACCUAAAUGAUAUCUCAAAAUUACCUAACCGUGAUAUUCUCAGUUCCAGAUAUGUGUUCGCGAUGGAACCCAAUCCAGAAUGCGUUUCAGUUCCAGUGUUUCAAAGAGCGAGUCAACACAGACUCUACUUUGGUGACGUCUACAACGUGACCGGAUACACCUUUCUACAUGCGUAUGCGUUUACUCACCGCUGUGCUUGUGAGGGAAUCUGCUGUGGGUCCUGGCCCAUACGCGAGAGAAUCAUUGGGACCGCCUACCACUAUGGAAAUUAUGCUGCCUCGACCGACAAGAACCAAACCCUCUACAUUGUGGGCUGGCUCCAACCCGAUAAUAGUACUGGGAGUGGGAUGAGCAAGACCGAUUGCUAG